CCAAAGGGACUCCUUUUCGCCCAGCAUCCUCGCCAGGGAGAGAGAGAGAGAGAGGCACCAAAGCCCAGCGUCCCCCAAAAAGGAGGGGAGAGGAGGACCCCUCAGCCAUGAAAGGCCAAAGAGAAGCAGCGCUGGUGGCUCACCGGACACGUCGGAAGGCGGCGGAGGAAUCCCAGCAUCCACCGGAGAACCAAAGGUGUGCCAACCAUCAUCCAGAAGGCAACAGUUGCGACUUGAACCACGUCUUGAAAAUGCUGCUCUGAACCAACUCCGCUUUACGGACAAAUGACGCGGCAAAGCGGAUCGGGUUUGAGGCUCGAACAGCAACAAGCAGGACUUGUGUACCUCAACACCUUGGGCACUCCUUCUAUGUGAAGUCGGGAGAGAAAGGCACAGGAAAAGGCCCGAAAAUGAGAAUGAUCACCAGCUUCGUGGCCGGAUAUGUCCUCGUUCUUAUGGCAUCCGAUGUGGACUGUUUCUCCAGAUCAGGGCGCAAAGGCUGCUCCGUGGAGGUACGAAGCCGCACUACGUCUUACCUCACCUCCCACAUCCAGCCCGUCUACCAACCCUACCUCACUUUGUGCCAGGGGUAUCGACUUUGCAGCAAGUACAGAACGACCUACAAGGUUUCUCAGCGGCCGGCGUAUCGGAAAGUCUCCCAGCCAAUAUACACUUGUUGCCCGAGAUGGAAAUGGGGAGUUGUUUCCCAUCGGCUUGGUUGCAAUAUUGUCUGCCAUCCUCCGUGCCAGAACGGUGGGACGUGUUCACAUCUAAAUAAGUGUUCCUGCACACCUGGAUGGACCGGACGAUUUUGCCAAACAGAUGUGGACGAAUGUGCCGGCAGGACCCACGGCUGCAGCCACUUUUGCCUCAAUGUUGCCGGAAGCCACCGCUGCGGAUGCCCCCAAGGGUACGAGCUUCGGAUGGAUGGCAAGACCUGCCAGGCUUUCCCCACAGAUGCCCCUCCUGCUGCGACCACUCUGGCUGAAAACUCCAACUCGGUGUUGCAAGAAGACGUGAAGGAGCUCAAAAUAAGGAUGGCAGCUUUGGAAGAAAAAUUCCAGCUGGCGAUGGCGCCCUUCCUGAAAGUGGAUCUGCCGGAAGGCACGACGCAAAUCGACCCGUUGGGAUUGCUAGUCCACUCUUUGCAGCAGCUCGAAAGGAUCGAUUCGCUCAGCGAACAAAUCUCCUUCCUGGAGGAACGGCUGGAGACGUGUUCCUGCAAGAACGAACGCUGAUGUUGCCAAAUAGGACAAGAAAAGGAAACUCACCGAUCGAAAGAUUUCCGUUCUGGUUCGGAGGUUUCGACAGCUCCUCGUCUCAAUCGGAUGACAGUGGAGACAAGUGUUCAAGGGAGGAAAGAAAGUGUUAGCCUUCCGGCGCAAGAAAACACACCGAGACCAAAGUUUUUCCUCCUUAAAUAAAUCUGCUUUAUAAAAAUCAAA